UUUCUAUAGCUUUGAUUUAUGUAAGGGAGGGAUGGGAGGGAAGUGUGAACAAGUGUGAGAAUGGAUGGUAAGCAUAAUCUCGUUCUUGCGUUCGCGGUCACCGUGUCUUGGUUGUUGUCCAUCGGUUUGCCACCGUCCCACUCUCAAACACCGCCACCACAGCUUUGUGGUGAGCAGUCAUAUCUGUGCAGAAAAAACAUUUCCGCCAUCUUCGAUCCUCCCUGGGAACAGAUUCCAGCCUCUCAAUGUAACGGCGCCGACCCAUCAUCCCUGCUCAGCUGCCAUGCUCCUUAUGAUAGUAUUAAGGUUCCAACUGAAUCUCAAAAUUUCACAGUGAAGGAUAUCGACAGCGCCACUCGCACCAUGAAACUCAUGCUAAGACCCCCUGUCAAUCAUGUCUGUUCUCCAAACUUUUUUCACAGCUACCAGUACUUCAACAACACUCUGCUCCUGUAUAACGCGCCUGUGCAUCAAAUCACCAUAUUUGAACAUUGUUCUACAAUCAUAUUCGUAGAUUUCCCUUCAAUGCGCAACUUUACGUGCGGGGAUGUUCUCUAUUAUUUUGUGGAGGGAUACCCAUACGGAGACCUUGAAUCAGGUUGCAAGGGACGUUUGCAGGUGCCUGCUGUCGCUCCUCUGGAUCGUUAUUAUGAUACUGAUGACGGAGCUUCAGUUCUGGAACAAGCUCUCAAUGAAACGUUUAUGGUCUACUACGGUAUUCCUGAUGGUUGCAGAAGAUGCGGUCAGAGUGACGGAAGUUGCUGGCCAUAUGUUGAUGAUGAACAUGUAGUUUCGUGCAAAUACUAUUGCCCAAAUCAACACUGUUCUUCUCCCAAAACUAGUGGUACUUCUUCGGGAAAUUGGGACCAAAGGAGGAAACUCAUUAUUUUAGGUGUUAUAGGUUCAACAAUUGCAAUAGUGUUGAUAUCAAUUUCAAUUAUGUAUGUAAGAUACAAGUCACCAAACUGGCGAGCAAAUUUUGGCUUGGCUUCAAAAAGUAAUCAAAAUAUUGAAGCAUUUCUUAAAAUUCACGGCCAAUUAGCUCUUAAAAGAUAUAAAUUAUCAUAUGUCAAGAAAAUAACCAACAACUUCAAAGAGAAGUUGGGACAAGGAGGCUUUGGUGCGGUGUACAAAGGAAAGUUAUUCUGUGGUAGUCUUGUGGCUGUAAAGAUGUUGAGUAUGUUCAAGAAAGAUGGUGAAGAAUUUAUGAAUGAGGUUGCUAGCAUCAGUAGAACUUCUCAUAUUAACGUCGUCUCUCUUCUUGGAUUCUGUUUGGAAGGUCACAAGAGAGCUCUCAUCUAUGAAUUCAUGUCCAAUGGUUCUCUUGACAAAUUCAUUUACAAAACAAGAGAUGAAACACUUUCGUCCUUGAGUUGGGAUAUUAUAUAUAAAAUUGCAAAGGACAUAGCUCGAGGGUUAGAAUACUUGCAUAAGGGAUGCAACACUCGAAUUUUUCACUUUGACAUAAAACCACAUAACAUUCUUCUGGACGAGAACUUUUGUGCAAAGAUAGCUGAUUUUGGGUUGGCAAAACUGUGUCCUAGGAAUGAAAGUAUUGUUUCCUUGUCAGAUGCUAGAGGAACAAUGGGGUAUGUAGCUCCAGAAAUGUGGAGUAGAAAUUUUGGAAGAGUUUCGCAUAAGUCUGAUGUUUAUAGUUACGGAAUGAUGCUGCUGGAGAUGGUGGGAGGGAGGAAGAACAUCAAUGGUGAAGCAAGUCACACAAGUGAGGUAUACUUCCCACAUUGGGCAUACAAUAAGCUUGAGUUGGAGAGUGAUUUGAGACCAGAUAUGGAGAUGACAACAGAAGAAAAUGAGAUUGCAAAGAGGUUGGCGAUGGUGGGUUUAUGGUGCACUCAAACGUUUCCUAAUGAGAGACCAACAAUGAGCAGAGUGAUUGAUAUGUUGGAAGGUAGCAUGGAUUCCCUACAAAUCCCACCCAAACCUUUGUUGUCUUCUCCCACAAGAUCACUGUCAGAACAUUCCAUCUCCUGAAAUUAAGCACACUGCAUAUUUGGGUGUGAAAACUGGCCACCAGAACAAAAUGUGAACUCGUCAUAUGUUGCUUUCAUUUUAUGACAAUGAGAUGGUAUUAUUUUAAUUAUACAAUUAUGUAAAAAUGUUUUAAAGUUUAAAUUGUAAAAUUAAACUUACAUCGAACGGGAUGACAAUGUGUAGUGUGUCACGUCAAUGUAAAUGGGAUGACAUGCUAAUUAUCAUAUUUUCAUCCCUAAUUUAGACAGAAAUUUAUUGUCUUAUAUUUUAUUUCUUUGCUUUGUGCUAAAAUU